AUGGACAUAUUGGCAACAGAGAUCGACCGUGGAGUAUUUGUCCAUCGGGUCACGGUUCAAUGGGUGCUCGAGAUCUCGGGUGGCAUGCGUGCACCUGCAUCAACCACGCAAGACGAACCCCAAACUUUUCAUCGACAUUUCCUCUUCGCAAAAUUCCUACCGACUUACCUGUCGUCGUCGCCCGUCCUCUCUCGCCAUCUCGGAAGGGUGACCAUGGACUCGUCCUCUCGUCUUCUUAAUUCGACCUCCAGUCUUUGGGGCGAUGAGAACGCUUGUCCCUCUAGCCUGCGCGCACGUCUUCGCGAUGAUCACACCCCGGCGACGAGCUCCUCCACCAAGCCAGCACCGUACCAGGACGUCUACCAGCAAGUCCAAGCAUGUCUAGGGAGUCAUUUGCUUGCCCCAAAGACCGACAACAAGACUGCACAGACGUCUGACACCAAAGACCCAGCAAUCCAGCUUCGAGGCAAGUCGUCACUCCGGAUCUGGAAGAAUGCACAGGCUGAUAUUAAGCAGAGGCGUUUGCUCGGAUGGGCAUGA